CAGCACCCCUGGAAGACGCCCCGCACGCCACGCCGCGCCCCGCCGCGCCCCGCCGCCGUGUGGAUAGUGUGUGAAGUGCUUCAAAGUGUGUUUGUUGUGGGCUUGCAACAAGUUCGCCAGUGGUUUUUUUUGUUGGGGAAAAGUGUGGUUGGCAGUGAAUGCCGGGCUGACGCUGGUGCGCCAGCAGGGCCUGCUUGUUGUGGAGCCGCGCUCUGGUAGCGCCGCUACCCGGGUGUGCGGAACGCCCCGCCGCCUGCCGCGCCUGCUGCGAUUGCUUCGUACGGACUAAUUCGUCAGUGCGGCGUGUCCGGCCCCGCCCUGGAGCUGUCACGACACCUGGGCACGAUGGCAGGGUACCUCAAGGCGCCCCUGCCCCCGCACCCCUUCCACCCGCACCCCCCGGUGCCCAGCCUGGGCGGCCCCUUCGGGCUGCAGCAUCACAUCGAGUCUGGCAUGGGCUUCCCGCCCGGUAAGUUCUUUCUCGGCAUCAACUCGAGGAAGCAGCGGCGGGAGCGGACCACCUUCACGCGGGCGCAGCUGGACAUCCUGGAGGCCCUGUUCGGCAAGACGAGGUACCCGGACAUCUUCAUGCGCGAGGAGGUGGCCCUCAAGAUCAACCUGCCCGAGUCCAGAGUGCAGGUGUGGUUCAAGAACCGGCGGGCCAAGUGCAGGCAGCAGCUCCAGCAGCAGCAACAGCAGUCGCUCAACAGCGUGUCCAGCAGCAACAGCAGCAGUGGCGGCAGCGCGGGCAAGAACCACAACUCGAGCAGCUCCAGGGUCACCAGCAGCAGCAACGCCAACAGCACGAGCGGUAGCACGGGCACCAGCAACACGGUCAGCACCACCAGCAGCCAUAACAACAACAACAACUCGACGGCGGCCAACAACAACAACAACCCGCUGCACAACUCGUGCUCGCCCGCCGUCAAGCUCAAGCUGCAGUCGCAGCUGAUCAAGACGUCGCCGCCGCCGGGGCUGACGGCGGGCCUGGGCGAGCACCCCGUGUCGCCGCCCGCCUCCGUCAACAUCAAGAAGGAGCUGUCCCCCGGCAGUCAGUACGUGCUGCCGCACCGCGCCCCCCUCGGCCCCGCCACGCCCCUGGGCGGCUCCAACUCGGCCAGCUCGGCCAUGACGACGCCCAGCCCCCCGCUGACGCCCGGCGCCUACCAGCAGCAGCAGCAGCCGCACCAGCAGCAGCAGCAACAGCAGGACUUCAGCUACAACGCCUUCUGCUGGGGGUCGUCGGGCUCGAGCGGGUACGCGGGCCACCAGAACUACAGUCCCUACUACAGCAACAUGGACUACUUCGGGGGCAACUCGCAGUACUCGCAGCACCACCAAAUGGGAAGCGGGCACCACAUGGUGUCGCACCCCGGCUACCACCAAAUGGGCUACGAGAUGGGCCACCACGGCAUGAACCAGGCGGGCUACCACGGGUCGUCGCCCACCGCGCCGCGCCUGCCGGCCGACUGCAGCCUGGAGUACACGGACUCCAAGUACCAGAUGGUCUAGUGGCAGAUGCGCAAGCUCGGGCUGCGCUACUUCUAGAGCUUGCAACCCGGGCGUGCGCCGGGCCCACGGCCAACCGGACUCUGAAACGAAUUCUGUGAUAACGCCACCCAUCGAUGUGACGCGAUGUGACCCGAUGUGAGCCGAUGCACUGCCUUGCACGCCAACGGGGUUUUUAAUUAUUUUAUUGUUUGUUUUUCAUGUCGAUGGAAUUUUGUUUUUCAUUUUCUUUUAGAUCAUUAGUCGUGUGAGGUACAUGUAUACGGCAAUAUUUGGUAUGUUUCUUUGUUAUUAUUGCUAGGCAAUAUUUUUUGUGACAUAUCAGGGCUGAGGAUUGGUCACAUUGACUUGACACCGCGCUCGCGUCGAACUGUGGAACCUCUUGCACAAAAAAGUACCCCAUCUAAGAGUUAAUUUAUGCUUCUAAAUGCGAGAAAUAAAAUAGUCAUUUCUCGACUAAGUCCCGAAGCUUUGUGAUUACAGUAAUAAUUUUAAUGCAGCGCCAACAUAUCAACUGAAUUGGUUGCGAUGGGCUAGACGCAAUAAACGCUAUGUUAAACAAAUUAUUUUGAAAUUGUGUUGUGUGAUUUUUUUUAAAUGUUAAAAGAGAGAUGGACGAUCUUAUGUCAAAUUAAGUUAAAAUAUAAUUUUGUUUUUCUUCUGAGAGAAAUUUUCACUGUGUAUCUGAUAGUUUGACAAAAUGAAUUGCUGCAGGUGUUCAUUAAUUUGUACAUAUGUAUUACAGAAUAUUAUACAUAGUUCUUAAUAGAUUCAGUCUUGGACUGAAGUGAGUAAACAUGAAACUGCAGGACGAAGGCUUUGGUGCAGAGUCGCAAGUCUGUGCCUUGGAUUCUAAAAUUUGGAAGGUGGAGUGCCUAGCAUUUCACUUAGGCCUACAAACACGUGUCUUGUUUUUGUUGAGCUUUUCAAGCAUUUUGUAGCUGAACGGUUAUUGAUUUGAGUUCAGUCUUUUUUAACUAAGCUUAACUUGUGUGUAAAAUUUUAGACAGAUUAUUUUUUGCUAUGAUUGCUAUUUCCUUGUCACUCCAUUCCUACAUCAAUUUGUGUUUUUGUUGCAAAAUAUUCGCUUAUGGAAUUUUAACUGAAUUUCUGAGUCAUUUGCUUUAUGAAUUUGGAGAAUGUGCCACCAAAAUGUGCCAGAUGAUUUUUUUAAAUGUGCUAUUGUAAGCAAUAAACUAUUCACAGCAGCUGUAGUGUAGGACAUGUGCUGUUUGCGCUUUCCGUUGCAAUGCCAAAAAGAUGACUUGCUGCGAAAAGGCCUAAUUGACAUUGUAAAUUUUAUAAACUUUUAACUCUUUUGGACAAUAAGCUCUUUAAUUCUGUCUUUAUUUUUGGAUUGUUUCCAACUAUCUGUGGUUACUAACGACUUUUGUACCAUAGCCUACUUCACAUCAAAAUGCAGAAAUUUUACUAUGCCAACAAAUAAAGUGUGUAAUAUGAAGUUGAAA